AUGACCCAGAAGGAGCUAAAUUUGAGGCAGCGACGUUGGUUAGAGCUAUUGAAAGAUUAUGAUUUAGUUAUUGAUUACCAAUCGGGAAAGGCCAAUUGGGUUACGGAUGCACUCAGCAGGAGGUCAUCAUUAUUUACACUUCGAGCGUUGAAUGCUCAUUUGGCUUUGAAUGUCGAUGGUUCUGUACUGGCAGAAUUAAAGAUUAAACCCUUUUUUCUACAACGAAUUAGGGAAUUCCAAAAUGACGAUCCGAAGUUGAUAAUGAAACGAAGCUUGGUUCAGGAUAAUUUGACUACUGAAUACAAUAUUGGCGAUGAUGGCACAUUGCAUUACCGUAAGAGAAUUGGUGUUUCAAAUAGUUCAAAUUUGAAACUGGAUAUUCUAUUAGAGGCUCACAAUAGUACAUAUUCCAUUCAUCCGGGUAAAAGCAAAGCAUCAGACGCCGUCAGGAUUAUUACAGCCUGUUAUGAUUCUUGA